ACAGGGGUUUAUUUUGUUCCUAUUUACCAGAGCAGGUGCACCUAGAGUAGCUGCACGUUGCUCUUCGUACGAGAUUUUCUGACAAGCUUCUGGUGUGAAGAUGAGUGACUCACUUGAGAGGACUACAGACUGUCCCUUGCUUCUUCUUGGAGAUGACUUCAGCCGGGACGAGGAGAGGGGCAAUGUGAUCGACUCAAGUGAAUUACGCUGGGAAGAUGGAGGUCUGCCUGUAGAGCUGCAGAAAGGGAUGGAAACCUUACGAGUGAACAGAGAACUGACUGAUGUAAUACUUUGUGUUCAAGGACAGGACUUCCCUUGUCACAGAGCCAUACUCGCUGCAGCCAGUCAGUACUUCAGGGCAAUGUUUUGCAGUGGUCUGAAGGAGAGUCAUGAGGAGCGUGUUGAAAUUAGAGGGUUGGACAGUGGGACUAUGCGCUCUCUCCUGGAAUAUACCUACACCAGCCAAGCGCUCUUCACUUUCUCAAAUGUCCAGAGAAUACUGGAGGCUGCCUGUCAAUUCCAGUUCCUCCGUGUGGUGGAUGCAUGUGCUGGGUUUCUGAGCAAAUCACUGCACCUAGAGAGUUGCAUUGGAAUACUGAAUCUGGCUGAAAGCCAUGCGCUGCUGGCUCUGAAGACCAGCGCUCAGGGCUACAUCAUAUCUCACUUCUCCCAGGUAGUGCAGCAGGAGGACUUCUUGCAAUUGCCAGCAGACUCAAUGGAGACUAUCCUGCAGAGGGACGAUCUUGAUGUGAAGUGUGAGGAGUGUGUUUUUGAGGCACUCAUGCGCUGGAUCAGAGCCCAGUUGGAUGAACGCUGUCCUUUACUGGCCAGGUUGCUUUCCUAUGUACGACUGCCAUUAUUGGAGCCAGCAUACUUUGUAGAAAGAGUGGAGUCGGAUGAACUGAUUCGUCGCUGCACUGAAGUUUUUCCAAUGCUGCAAGAGGCCCGCAUCUAUAACCUCUCCGGCAGAGAGGUGGUCUCUGAACGAACCAAACCCCGUGUGCAGCACUUUCUAUCUGAGGUGUUCCUGAUUAUUGGAGGCUGCACUAAAGAUGAACGCUUCAUCUCCACUGUCACUUGUUUGGACCCUCUCAGACGCAGCAGGCUGGAGGUCGCUAGGCUGCCAAUCACAGAGAUGGAGGAUGAGUCCCAAAACAGAAAAUGGGUGGAGUUUGCUUGCAUUACUUUCCGUAAUGAACUGUACAUAUCUGGAGGUAAAGAAACACAACAUGAUGUUUGGAAAUAUAAUGGUGCCCUGGACAAGUGGAUUCAGAUUGAGCCCCUGACAAUUGGACGCUGGAGACACAAGAUGGCAGUCCAUGGGGGGAAAGUGUAUGCACUGGGUGGAUUUGAUGGAGCGCAGAGACUUGCUAACGUAGAGGCUUAUGAUCCAUUUCACAAUCGUUGGAUGCAGGUGGCACCUCUUGCAGUUGGUGUGAGUUCCUUUGCUGCUGCAAGCUUUGACAGAUGGAUCUAUGUGAUUGGUGGUGGGCCGAACGGAAAGCUGGCAACCGAUAAGGUUCAGUGCUGGGAACCUGGGACAGAUUGUUGGGAACUGCGGGCGCCCAUUCCCAUUGAAACCAAAUGCACUAAUGCAGUCACCUUCAAGAACUGCAUCUAUAUUGUUGGUGGUGCCAUGCACGCCAUGUACUGCUACUCCCCUCUAUCAGACUCCUGGUCACUUGUUACCCGUCUGGGGGAGAGGGCAAGUUGUGCCAUUGCUGCCUGUAGCAACAAACUCUUCAUCACUGGGGGCCGGGAUAACAAGAACCAAGUCAUCUCCACAGUGAUGUGCUGGGAUGUUGACAGAGGAGUGUUGACAGAGGAGUGUGUUUUACCUAUGGGAGUGUCACACCAUGGCAGCGUGACACUCAUGAAGUCCUACACACACAUACACAGGAUAACACCUGCUUCAGAGUGCCAAUGACACAGGCUCAGGGGAACAGGACAUUAUUGUUGAAGAAAAUGGAUGUGAAAUAAUACAUGGAAAGAAAAAUGUUUUAAAUAAAUAUUUUAC